AUGAGUGCAGUAACUAAUGUUUUUCUCUUGUUUCGGUUCGAGAUUGCAGAAGCAGCCGAUGUCUCGGUUGCUGGCGGAAAAUUUGUAACGAGUUGGUUAGCCUGAUUGCAGUCGGAGUGUGUGCUCUAGUUGUCCGUGUGCGCGUCGCUGACACCAGCAGCGUGUUCGUGUUACCAUUGCAGUCAUCCCGCAGUUGUUGCACACCAGACAUGGCCGUGGCGCCCGGUGAUGGCCACACCAUGUACGUGGCGUCGCUGGACGUGGGCUCCUCGGGUGUUCGGUGCCACAUCUACGAUCAGCAAGCCCGAGUCUGUGGAACAGCCUCGCAAAAGUUGCAGACCGAGUGCCCCUCUGCUGGUGUUUUCGAAGUGGACCCCGAGCAUCUGUGGCAGGCUGCCAAGGACACGCUAAGAGCCGCACUCAAAGGUUCUUCUGUGUCGGCCAGCUCGGUGAAAGCCCUGGGCAUCUCAACGCAACGAGCAACAUUUGCCUGCUGGGACAAGAGCACGGGCCAGCUUUUGCACAAGUUCAUCUCGUGGAAAGACACCCGUGCCGAAUCGCUGUGCCGAGAGUGGAACUCCUCUGCUCGUAUCAAGGCCAUGCGGAUGGGAGCCACUUUUCUCUACUGUCUGACCCACAAGGACCGUUACCUGGCUGCCAGCAUGCUGCGUUUUGAGUCUGGACUGGUGGUGAUGAGACUCUUAUGGGCCCUCAAGAACAUACCAGGGCUUCACGAGGGUGCUCGUGAAGGCCGCGUCUUGAUGGGCACGGUCGAUAGCUUUCUGCUGUGGCGAUUGACUGGAGGCCGCGUGCACGCCACAGACCCUUCCAACGCCUGCAUCACCGGACUGUUCGACCCCUUCACGAUGGAGUGGUCCUGCCUGAUCACAGACAUGCUGGAUAUUCCUGUCAGCAUGUUACCCAAAGUUCUCAGCACAAGUGGCGUGUUCGGUGUGACUGAUCCCGACAUUAUGGGUGCCGAAAUUCCCAUCGCGUGCUUGGCUGGUGAUCAACAGGCAUCGGCGUUCGGCGAGUGCUGCUUCCUGGCUGGAGACGUCAAGUGCACCAUGGGCACGGGCACCUUCUUCAACGCCAACACGGCGGACCAGCCACACGCCUCCUCCGUCGGUAUUUACCCCGUCGUUGGCUGGAAGAUCCGAGAUCAGGUGACGUACCUUGCCGAAGGCGGCAGCUUCGAUACGGGCACCGUCGUCGACUGGGCCCAGGAAAUGGGCCUUAUCAACAACGCCGACGAAAGCGCUGAGGUUGCCGAAUCAGUGGGCAGUUCCGCUGGUGUGUUCUUCAUUCCUGCAUUCAGUGGGCUUCAAGCGCCGAUGAAUGAUGCGUAUGCAGCCGCGGGUUUCCUCGGGCUUUCGACAUCCACGCGACCCGCACACAUGGUGCGCGCCAUGCUGGAGUCUCUUGCCUUCCGCACCUAUCAGCUGCAUGCGCUACUCAAGGGCACCACCGGGUUACCCACCAUCGGCACUGUCAGGUUCACCGGUGGUGUGACGCGCAACACAUUCCUUAUGCAGCUGUUGGCUGACCUGCUGCAGGAACCCAUCAUCUGCUCUUCACAGCACGACAGCAGUUCUCUUGGUGCUGCUUACCUUGCUGGGCUCGCUGUCGGAUUCUGGAAAGACUUGGAAGAUUUGCGGCAUCUGCAGCCUAAGGGUAUUGUUUUCAAGCCUAGGGAUGAACAGAAGACCUCCUGCCAAGCUCUCUUUAAUGAGUGGUGUCGGGCUGUUCAGCGUUUCACACAGUGGCACAGUCCAUCUGGCUCCUGAUGGUCUGGUGAUAAGUGACCUGGCUCAUAUCAUCAUUUUCCGAAGACAUCUUUGUUGCAGCUAUAGUUUUCGAACAAUGCCUUCCUUAGACAAUGAUUGCUUUGCUCGACGAUGAUGUGAAAUUUUGUCUCAGUAAUGACUCAGAAUUAUUUUUAAUAUGCUACAUUUCAUAGGGAAGGGCCUGUACAUUUGGCCUACAAUUUAUAUGCACCUGUAAUGUAUAAAAUAUGUAAUGUCGAGUAUAUUGCAAAUAUGUGCAAUAUCUUGCCUUCUUACUGCCACUAAAAUUAAGGGCAAUUGCAAAUCAGCCAACAUAAUGCUGUAUCGAUACAUUUUCUGUAGUGCAUAGCCUGGAUGCGAACUGAAGUGCUAUUAACAAAUUCUGGUUAAUAGACGAGUUUUUGAUUCCACUAAUGUGCUAGUGUUAGGUGUCCUACAGAAACACAACGCUAUUGUUGCUAGGUUGAUUUAAGAAGGGGAGUGGGCUGUGAAUGUAGUUUUUUUUACAGCGAAAGCUGUUAUGAGAUCACAACUUGGGUCACGUGCAGUUGUCCGCCACCGCCGCCGGUGUCCGUAACCACAUUGCACGAAACUAGAAAAAAAAACCUAACACCAAAGACAUAAUGGGACUUGAAACCUGUGGCUGCUGGGUGCAGGCUCAAGUUUCAGAGACCGAAAAUGUAUUCGGCAUGGACGGUAGCUUGAUCUCUCAUUUCGUGUGAGAUGUGCAGCACAUGAAUGUAGAAGCCCUUUUAGGCAAUGUUAUACGACUAAUAGAAGGGUUCUUUUUUUCAGUUUAUUGUGCUCAUAUUACAUUUACAAUGCUGGUAAUUCACGAGGCAGGUAUCAGUUAAGUGCAUGAUUUCUUCCUUUUUGUGUUUUCCAAGUUAGUGUGCAUAUCAUAUGCUGAUUCACAGUGGAUAGAUAUCUCUGCUUUGCAGGAAAGUGUGCUUCGAGCCUUGUAUAAAGUGCGGCUAGAACAGUGUGAUUUCUAUUUAUGUAUUAUCAUUCUGUAUUUUUUACUGAGGCAGAUAAUAGUGUUGAUUGCAGUUGGACUUCAGCCAGCAGCUGGAAAGAACCAAGGGAAAUAUAGCUAAGGUGGCAUCUGCCGAUGUCGCUUAUUCUGGUUCCGUGCAAUUUCCAGUUUCUAAUCACCUAAAUGAAGUCAUUGAAACCACAUAGGCAGUUAUUUGGGACUUCUAAUUAAAAACCACAGCAAAAUAAACAAAGUGGUCGAAAGACACUACUUGCUGCCAAUGGGAGUGGUAGCCACAUCCCUUGAAUGGUGUACUCCGCCUGUUGUGUAAUGAUAGUGACUGGGUCUAUAGCCUCUGCCUUGGUUAUUUAUGUAUCGAACCAAGAUUGGCCACUUCCGCCUAUGUAGUGACAUAUUAUUUAUAGCAAUGGAGUAGCAUUUUAUUUAUUUUGUGCAAUGAAGUGUAUAUUUCAGUUUACUAAAUUUGCGUCCUGCUUACAAGCACUGUAGUACCUUUGCUUUUUUUGAGCGUUCUUCUGUUUUAAUUACUCAGUUUGCUAUGUCUAAAAUGAACGGGUAUUGCUUUAUCUCUUCUGUGCAUUGCUUUUUUGCUAGGCUGGACUCCUCCAUGCACUCAUUUUUGAUUCGAGAAAACUAAAUAUGCAGCUUUUUCUUUCAUUUAAUAUGUUGGUUACUGUUUGAAAUGUGCUUUUGGUAGUACAACUAAUUUUCAUUGCUAUUCGUUAUUUGCAGUCUCAAUAGGGCUAAAAUGUCCGCAGAGCCAGCACUUCAGCUCUUGGCGUGUUAUACUUUGUUAUGCAAUAAGAAGGUGCAAUUCUAUGCAGACACGAUCUUGGUUUGUCAUGUAUUUCUGUUUGUUCGAUAAUAAUGCGAAAAUUUAGUUAUGUGCCAGUGGUAUUUCACUGCAGAAGUGAGAUACACUUCAUCGGCUAUUUAAAAAUUUGACAAGCUGAAAAGUCUCAUUUUCCCUUAUCGCACAAGGUUUGAGCUCUCUUAUGCACAUCCUUCGAACCAACAUCAAGCUGGAUGGUACAACAUAAUCAGAAAAUAAUGAAAGUGAGUGAGAGAAAAUUUCCAGCAAUAAUCUCAAUAUCACAAUUAUGUAUGAUUUGUAGCAUGCUUUAAUCUUUGAGUGUAUGGGUAUCUCAUGCAGUGAGUUAUAGCAGUUGAAGAGUAGGUAUGCGACCUGUACUUAGUCGAGUGCAGUUGGUGUGGUGGAUGGUUCAUUAUCCUUUGUCUGCUGAUGGUACAGAAUGUAAUUUGAUACUAUACUGCUUAUUCACAUGAGUUACCUCCUGUUCAUACUAUGGUAAUCACAUGAACAGGCUCAUGCUGAUGUGCAGAUUUCUUUUUCAUGGUUUGUUUUGCGGGUUGAGGGUGCUCAGAAAAUAGUUGACAUGCGAAAAAUGGUAUGUUACCUGUAAAAGGUCUGAUCUCGAUGUUAUAUAGACUCUGUUAAUAUGACGGUAUCUUGUGAGUUUUAACUAUUGUGUUGUGUGUGUAGGUAGUUACCGAUGAUGUGAUGGUGCCAAAUCUUACGAACAGUAUAAUUUUUCCAUGCUAAAGUCUUUCACAAAAUUUUCGCUAUCGUAACGCAAACGUAAUAUGGCUUUGAAAUUGCAGUUCGAAAUGACAUUUUUCAGUCUGCCCUAAUAACUUUCUUCUUACAGCACAUAAGUUAUGAGGACACUAAUAGGAUAUUUAUUAAGAAACGAAAAUGCAACAAGCACUUUCUCUGAAGUGUAACUAGCAAUGUAAGCAGUAAAUACCAUGGACACUGAAAAAGCAGGUUCAUCGGAUUUAUGGCUGGUUAGUGAUAUAUUACAUUUAGCACUGGUGAACCUAUAGUAUAUCGAAAUACUGGAAACGUUUUGUAGUUGUGUCAAUUAGAAAGCUCAUUUGGGUGUCACUUAAAGAAAACCUAAAAUCAGGGUUGCUUUGUGCUUUAAUAAGGAAAAGUGAAUGCACUCAAUGAAAACAGCAAAUGUGAUACUUACAAUGAAUUUUUUUAUUGAAUAAAUGUUUCUCUCAUGUGAAA